AUGUCUAGUCCCAGGAGACGAAUCGAGACUGAUGUGAGUGAACCAUGGAAACUGGAUCUGCGAGUCAUGAAUACUGACCGUAGAAUUUACUCCUGCAGGCUGAUGAGCGACUAUGAGGUCACUCUGGUAAACGAUAACAGUGAGUCCGGUGUCUGCGGGAAAUAUAUUGAAGCUUUUGCUAACAAGCCUUGCGUGCAGUGUACGCAAGAGUUCUACGUCCGAUUCAAGGGCCCAGAAGAAACACCCUUCCAAGGCGGCCUCUGGAAAGUGCACGUCGAACUACCAGACGCAUACCCCUACAAGUCGCCCUCCAUCGGCUUCGUCAACCGCAUCUUCCACCCUAAUAUUGACGAGUUAUCCGGCUCCGUGUGCCUCGAUGUCAUCAACCAGACUUGGUCGCCGAUGUUCGAUAUGAUCAAUAUAUUCGAGGUAUUUUUACCGCAGCUGUUGCGGUACCCGAACCCGACGGAUCCAUUGAAUGGGGAAGCGGCUGCGCUGCUAAUGAGGGAGCCGAAAGCGUAUGAGGCGAAGGUUAAGGAAUAUGUGAUAAAGUACGCUAGCAAAGACGCCGCGGAUGAAGCUGGAGCCGAAUCAGACGACGACGACGACAUGUCAUCCGUAGGCAGCUUUGGGGACGACGAUGACGAGCCGGCUGGGCAGAUGGAGGAGGUUUAG